AUGGGCUUUCCAGUUGCUGAAAGUCAAAGUACCCCCCCAUUUAUCUCGCUACACCGGUCCUGCAUUUGGGGCAUGACUACAAUGAGUUACACUUCGGACAGCACUCCAACCUUCCAAUGGCUUUUGCUAGAAUUGGUGCUUGAAGUACGUCCUUUAUCCUGGGAUCAGCAACCCGGUGGAAAUGAAACUGGAUCAAGUACCGAGGACUGCAAAGUCCCGGAUCCUUCCGUACAGCCUGUAUGGUCCGCGAUCCAACCAGUCUGGCUGGUAGUUCGUUAUCGAAUUCGUCUCCUAGGAUCUUCACAUCCUGAACGGUCCAUCCUCUUGGAAGUUGACUCGAAUGUUGGUGCUGUGGAGGGCGCUUAUAUAGAUUUGAGGGAAGUGCAUUGUGAGAAAAUCAUGCUGUGGAAUGGGGCUGUUCAAGGUCAAUGUCUUCGCUUGGAGAGAGCAAUAGUAGCAAAAACGGGCAGGGAGAAAGUACUUCACAGCACGAUACAGUUAUCUCAACUACCAAAACGAGCUCGAUACUUCAAGGCUAUUUUCUCCUGUUCAAACUACGCCGCUACUAUCAAACUACUCGACCCGGUCAAGUUGAUGAAACCCCCGAGCCCAGGCCUCUUACCUCGCGUCCCACGCUAG